AUUGAAUGAAAGUAGGAACUAGUCAAAGGUUUUUUAUUUGGGCCUGCAAGCUUUCUAGUCCAGCCCAAUGGAUUUUCGCAACUGCCAAACACAGAGACAUUAAUGGAUGAGAAAAGCUGUCAUUAAUCAUUAGGUGACCAUAUUAUGCCCAAAUCACACCUGCAACCAAAUCACCAGAUCUAACAGCCGGCGAGAGGACUUCUCCGCCACCGGAAUCUGCACGCAUGUUGCCCCUUCUCCUGGUUCCUCUCUUCACCUUCCUCUUUGUUUCACCUUCUUUGUCUGUUAAUUUCCUCUACAACUCCUUCAAUGCCUCCGAUGCUUCCUACCUCGAGCUCAUCAACGAUGCCAGAGUUGAAGGUUCUGUUAUCCGAUUGACUAAUGAUUCGAAUCAAUUCUCCUUCGGGAGAGUCUUCUACCCAACUCGACUCACCAUGAAACCCACCUCGAAUUCCACCGCCGUCGCUUCAUUUUCGACUUCCUUCGUCUUCUCUAUCCUCCCUGAUAUCAGUGACAGUCCCGGCUUCGGCCUCGCUUUCGUCCUCUCCAACUCCACCUCACCUCCUGGAGCUCUCGCCAGCCAAUACUUCGGCCUUUUUUCCAAUGCCACCGUUCCUUCCGUUGCUCCUUUGCUUGCUGUUGAAUUCGAUACCGGUCAGAACCCGGAAUUCAACGACAUAGAUGGUAAUCAUGUCGGGAUCGACCUUAAUAACAUUGAAUCUGAAUCAGAUGGUACUCAGACGGCCGGAUACUAUAAUUCCUCCGGCGAUUUUGUGGCGGUGGAGAUGCGGAACGGCCAGAAUAUACGAGCUUGGAUUGAAUUCGAUGGACCCCAAUUCGAAAUCAAUGUCACAAUUGCUCCUGUUGCAGUGUCCAAACCAUCUAGGCCUUUGAUCAGUUACAGAAAUCCAAAGAUUGCCAACUAUGUAUCAACGGAAAUGUAUGUGGGGUUUUCUGCAUCGAAGACCAACUGGGUUGAGGCGCAGAGGAUUUUAGCAUGGAGUUUGAGCGAUACUGGAGUUGCUGCAGAUAUCAAUACCACGAAUCUCCCAGUUUUCUCGCCUGAAACGGCUUCAUCUUCAUUGUCAGCUGGGGCAAUUGCAGGAAUCGCAAUAGCUUCUGUUGUGUUUCUCCUCAUCUGUUUAUCUGGGGGUUACUGGUUUUGGAGGAAGACCAAGAUAGAAGAGGAAGAUGAGAUUGAAGACUGGGAGCUCGAGUACUGGCCGCACAGAUUCUCCUACGAGGAGCUGAAGCAAGCCACCGAUGGAUUCUCCAAGAAUGAGCUUCUGGGGCUGGGUGGGUUCGGCAGGGUUUACAGAGGAACUCUCCCCAACAACACCCAAGUAGCUGUGAAGUGCGUAAACCACGAUUCGAAGCAAGGGUUAAGAGAAUUCAUGGCUGAGAUCUCCAGCAUGGGCAGACUUCAACACAUAAACCUCGUCCAAAUGCGAGGUUGGUGCAGAAAAGGCAAUGAAUUGAUGCUUGUCUACGACUUCAUGCCCAAUGGCAGCCUCAAUCGGUGGAUCUUCGACAACCCCAAGACGCUACUGGGCUGGGAAGGGCGGCGAAGAGUCCUCGCCGACGUUGCAGAGGGGUUAAACUACCUCCACCAGGGUUGGGACAAGGUGGUGAUUCACAGAGACAUCAAAUCAAGCAACAUCCUGUUGGAUUCAGAGAUGCGAGGCAGACUCGGAGACUUUGGCCUCGCGAAGCUUUACGAGCACGGCGCGGCUCCCAACACUACGAGAGUGGUGGGCACACUCGGGUACUUGGCACCGGAGCUGGCGACGGUGACCGCGCCGACGGCGGCGAGUGACGUCUACAGCUUUGGAGUGGUGGUACUGGAGGUCGCAUGCGGGCGACGGCCGAUAGAGACGUGGGCGACGGAGGAGGAGCAGGUGUUGAUCGAUUGGGUGAGGGAGAAGUAUCUGGAUGGGAGGGUUUGUGAAGCGGCGGACAAGAGGAUCGCCGGCCAGUACGUGGUGGAGGAGAUGGAAAGAGUUUUGAAGCUGGGAUUGGCUUGUUGCCACCCUGAUCCACAGCACCGCCCGACCAUGAAGGAGGUGGUGACGGUGUUGGUCGGCGAGGAGGCCGCGGCCGCUCCGGCUGCCGUGUUGUCGGAGUUGGCGCAAGCAGGUGAAAGUGUUGGUUGCAGUGGCGGUGAUACGAACGCAGAGGAGCCGCCGCUCCAGUCCACUGUGUGAUGUGAAUAACAAAAUUUUAAUAAAUUUUGAUUUCUUUAUUUUAUAAAACAA